AUGGCGCCGCGGGGAAGAUGGAAGGCCGAGGAGGUGGACGCCGGCAGCAACUGGCCCACAGCAGGAGGUGGGGUCGGAGACGUCGCGCUCCGGGUCGCCGAUGUCCGGCAGGGCCGCGGCGGUGGCCUCCGGCGAGGGAGCCAAAUGGAGGCGGGGCGAGACGCAGGUGGGACUCGCACAAAGGCAGCCAUGGCAUCGAGUGCGAGGAAGAAGCCCAGGGCGCGGGGCUUCGAGGCGAGGAGGAGGCCAUGGCAGGAGGCACGGCAGCGCUCUCCGGCAUCUCGAGGCGAAGGUGAACGACGGCGAGGAGGCCGACAGGCUCUGGCCUGGUUCCCUGGACCGAAGGAGGAGGGAGGGUGA